UAGCCACAUGUGACUGACAGCUCCAACCACAUUCACACAUUCCAACAGAAAAGCUGAACUUGAGCUUCUCCCUCGACUUCCAGGAAACUACGUGAACACCAAGAUCUGUGCUAGGAGCUUCUCUGCUAAGAGUGAAGAGUGAUAAUGAAGACCCCCACCUGGGUUCAUCAGAUAUGGGAGAACCCACCUGAUCCUGUCGUGUUUUUCUUUCCCGUAAUGGCCGACGUAAAUAUGAGGAAAUUUGAAACGAAACUUCUUGUCAUAUCGCUGGCAUUUUUUGCAUCGCUCUUCGUUUUCUGUGCAUCGUACUUUGUUUCUUAUACAUUUGUGACGUUUCGCUCAAGGCUGAGACCCAAAGAGAAGGUAUUCUGGUGCUUGUCAUUUGUUCGAGCUUUGUUUGGCUUGGUUUCCACAUUCAUCGGCUUCUGGUACAUUGCAUUUGAUGAUACCCUGCAAAAAGAUGUGGUAAAUGGAAACUCUCAGACUUCUUUCCUCGCAGUGUAUAUAGCUGUUGGCUUCUUCAUCUUUGAGUGCACUGCUCUGUUUAGUUCAAUAGCGAUGUUUGGAGGAUUCGACGCGUUCCUUGUUGCUCAUCACACACUCAGUCUUCUUGGCUUUGGAACUGUUGCCUAUUGCGAGACCACUCAUUUCUUCUCUGUGGUUGGUAUGCUGCUAGAGAUGACGACUCCGUUCUCAUGUUUGUGCUGGAUGUUCUUGAAAGCUGGAAUGGCUCAUCUUCCUAUCUGGAAAAUCAAUCAGAUUCUCCUUGUCCAUCUGUUUCAUUGUCGAACCACGAUUGAAGGAUAUUUUUACUACAAGUUGUAUAUGCAAUGGGAGAAUGUCCACCACCAUAUGCCCCGCCCCAUUUUCUGGAUGCUUGUCGUGCAGCUCACCCUUCAGUUUUUUAUUCUCACUCCCUAUUGGACGUACAAAAAGAUGGGGCAGCUCUUCAACCCUGUCGAUUGGAACCAUCCGGAACUCCAAAAAAAUAAGAGUGAUAGCAAAAACGGAGUGACUGACGUUACUGGUAGUAGCCCCAAGAAAAGCAAGUCAAAGAAAGGGUUGAAAAAAGAAAACUAACUAGGAAAUAUUUUUGUAUAGAUCUGUACACCCUUUCCAGCAACUUUCUCUUUCCCUCCAUUUUUGUACCCUUAUUUAUUAUCCCACUAGUUGUAUAAAAUUCAUUAUUGAAUGGUGAGCACAAUGAAUUAUUAAUUGUUUUCCCUCAAAA